UUUCGCGGCCAUCUUUACCGCACCGCACUGCCUUAUCAACUUCCUUUCCAGUUAAUUUCUUGAAGUUGCCGAUAAAAUGGUUCAGCGAUUGACUUUGAGGAGACGUUUGUCUUACAACACAAAAUCCAACAGGAGGCGAAUUGUUCGUACUCCAGGCGGUCGUUUGGUUUACCAAUAUGUUAAGAAGAACAAGACUGUCCCAAAGUGCGGUCAGUGCAAGGAAAAACUAAAGGGUAUCCGACCAACCCGCCCAUGUGAGCGUUCCCGCUUGUCAAAACGCCAAAAGACCGUCCGUCGUACAUACGGUGGUGUCCUUUGCCAUGGUUGCUUACGCGAGCGUAUCAUCCGUGCCUUCCUUAUUGAGGAACAAAAGAUUGUUAAGGCCCUCAAGAGCCAAAAGGAAUCUGUCAAACCUGUAAAGGUAGUUAGGGCAGCUGCACCACCAGCUCCUCAAAAGAAGCCAGCACAGAAAUCGGCUUCAAAGUCUAAGAAAUAAGAAGUGUACUCCUUUUAAAAAAAAUAAUAAAUUUUUAUUAGAAAAAACAAAAA